GUCUCAGUCUCCAUAUCAGAGCAGUUUUUUUGACCUUAUCUUAUAUCUUCGCUUAACUUUUAUCCAUUUUCAUUUUUUUUUUCUUUCUGAAAUCUAAAGUUCUCGAUUUUACUUUCCCAUACAAUAUGAGGAGCCAAGAUCAGCAUCAGCAGCACCACCACCAAUCUAGGGUAUUCUACGAGCUCAGCUCGAUGAUCUUUCAUAUCCUCAAGUCACCCCCUUUAUCCAAUCCCUUCGCCAACAGACAGGUGGGAACGACGUCGUUUUCUUCAUCGUCAUCAUCCCGACAAGCAUCGACGUUUUCACAAGUCUCUAGUCCAACAGCUUUCGCUUCUCUGUUUCUAGGGAUUUCGUUGGCUCUGAUGCUAUUCGGAUCGGUGACAUUUGUGAUUGGCUUCUUUCUAAUGCCUCUGGUGAUGGGUUUGGUCUUGCUUUUCUACGCCGUUGAGAUUCUUUUCAAUUUGUCCGAAUUGGGUCGCUCCAUUCUUUGCCCUGCUUCCUCUUGCCGAGAUCUCCCUGCGUGGAAUUAUUCGUGAAGAGAAAUCGAAGGAAGUGAUCCUUGUUGCUAAGGUUAGAUCAUGCACUUAAGGAAUUAGAUCAAACAGGUUAUUAACACCAUUGUGUUAUUUGAUAUGUUUGUUUAUUUAUCAAGUUCUUUCUUCUCUACACCAUGGUUUAUGUAAACUUCACUUGGGUUUUUGUUAUCUUUGUCUGUGAACUACUCUAGACGAUGAAAGUUUCUUACUUUCACAUAGUUGAUCUUAUAGAAGCUAAUAGUGUUUAGUAUCAACUUGUUGAGCUUAUUAUGUAUUUAAUAAAUUCACUUUUGGCAUUA